AUGCAGUGUGACUUGAGUUUUGACAUCAGCUGGAAGACUGUGUCCCCUUUUCUCAGCGUAGGGAGAGCGGAGGGACGGGGUGGAGCCAUUGGUGGUGGAGCGAUUGGUGGUGGAGCCAUUGUUGUGCCAUGGAGGACACAGGCCCACCCACUUGUCAACCAGGCCCACCCACUUGUCAGCCAGGCCCACCCACUUGUCAGCCAGGCCUACCCACUUGGCAGCCAGGCCCACACACUUGUCAGCCAGGCCCACCCACUUGUCAGCCAGGCCCACCCACUUGUCAGCCAGGCCCACCCACUUGUCAGCCAGGCCCACCCACUUGUCAGCCAGGCCCACCCACUUGUCAGCCAGGCCCACCCACUUGUCAGCCAGGCCCACCCACUUGUCAGCCAGGCCUACCCACUUGUCAGGCAGGCCCACCCACUUGUCAGCCAGGCCUACCCACUUGUCAGCCAGGCCCACCCACUUGUCAGCCAGGCCUACCCACUUGUCAGCCAGGCCUACCCACUUGUCAGCCAGGCCCACCCACUUGUCAGCCAGGCCCACCCACUUGUCAGCCAGGCCUACCCACUUGUCAGCAAGGCCUACCCUCUUGUCAGCCAGGCCUACCGACUUGUCAGCCAGGCCUAUCCACUUGUCAGCCAGGCCUACCCACUUGUCAGCAAGGCCAACCCACUUGUCAGCCAGGCCUACCCACUUGUCAGCAAGGCCUACCCACUUGUCAGCCAGGCCCACCCACUUGUCAGCCAGGCCCACCCCCUUGUUAGCAAGGCCUACCCACUUGGCAGCCAGGCCCACCCCCUUGUUAGCAAGGCCUACCCACUUGGCAGCCAGGCCCACCCACUUGGCAGCCAGGCCUACCCCCUUGUCAGCAAGGCCCAUCCACUUGUCAGCCAGGCCCACCCACUUGGCAGCCAGGCCAACCCACUUGUCAGCCAGGCCCACCCACUUGUCAGCCAGGCCCACCCACUUGUCAGCCAGGCCCACCCACUUGGCAGCCAGGCCCACCCACUUGGCAGCCAGGCCCACCCACUUGGCAGCAAGGCCUACCCACUUGUCAGCCAGGCCCACCCACUUGUCAGCCAGGCCCACCCACUUGUCAGCCAGGCCCACCCACUUGUCAGCUAGGCCCACCUACUUGGCAACCAGGCCCACCCACUUGUCAGCCAGGCCCACCCACUUGUCAGCUAGGCCCACCUACUUGGCAACCAGGCCCACCCACUUGGCAGCCAGGCCAACCAGAAUGAGUUUUGCCCCACAAAAGGGCUUCAUUACAGACAGAAAUACCCCUCGACACCAAUUGCACGCUCCCUCAAAUCUGGAGAUAUCUGUGGCAUUGUGUUGUGAAGACAACCUGCACAUUUUAAAGUGGCCUUUUAUUGUCCCCAGUACAAACUGCACCUGUGUAAUGAUCAUGCUGUUUAAUCAGAUUCUUGCCACACCUGUCAGAAGGAGUGAUUAUCUUGGCAAAGGAGAAAAGCUCACUAACAAAAAUGACUGGAACACUUAACACUUAACAAAGAGGUAUAGUUGGUGUAAACAAAUUCGUGCAGAAAAUUUGAGAGAAAUAAGAUUUUUGUGGUUAUGGGAUUUAAAAAAAUAUAUUUUUUAUUUGAACUCAUGAUCUUUCCUCUCCUCCUCUCUCCCCCGCCCCCUUCCCCCCUUCUCUCUCUUUGUCACUCACACACAUGUAUGUGUGUGUGUGCAUAUGUGAGUGUGUGUGUGUGUGUAAAGAAGAAGCUUUGUGAACGCUUCCCCUAUGAUAUGACACACAUGAACUCCAAACACUUUGUGUUCUCUCUCUCUCUCUCUCUCUCUCUCUCUCUCUCUCUCUCUCUCUCUCUCUCUCUCUCUCUCUCUCUCUCUCUCUCUCUCUCUCUCUCUCUCUCUCUCUCUCUCUCUCUCUCUCUCUCUCUCUCUCUCUCUCUCUCUCUUUCUCUCUCUCUCUCUCUCUUUCUCUCUCGUUCUCUCUCGUUCUCUCUCUCUCUCCUCAUUCAUCAUCAUGCUGACACGGAUAUGGCUACUUUUGUGAAAUUCUGAUUAUUUUUUAUCUUUCCCUCUUUGCCCCUCUGAGAAGUGUGAGUGUGAGUGUGAGUGUGUGUGUGUGUGUGUGUGUGUGUGUGUGUGUGUGUGUGUGUGUCUGUGUGUGUAUGUGUGUGUGUGUGUGUGUGUGUGUGUGUGUGUGUGUGUGUGUGUGUGUGUGUGUGUGUGUGUGUAUGUAUGUGUGUGUGUGUGUGUGUGUGUAUGUGUGUGUGUGUGUGUGUGUGUGUGUGUGUGUGUGUGUGUGUGUGUGUGUGUGUGUGUGUGUGUGUGUGUGUGUGUGUGUGUGUGUGUGUGUGUGUGCUGGAUACUUUACAUAUACUGUACAGGCUUGUUUCCUCUACUUUGGUACUUGUACUUGAUUCUGAUGAUAUCCUGUACAUAUUCUCCUAUGGGGACAGUAGAAAAACCCUUUAAGGUUCUAGAUGGCACCUUUUUUUCCCCAACAGUGUGUACCCUCUAUAUGAGAGCAGGCAGGCAUUCCUUAGCUCUUCAGAGAUGACAUCAUUGGUACGUUUAUAUUUACAAGGCCAUAUUGAGUCAGCUCCCAUUUGACUUGUGUAACAACAUUGUCCAGCAGACAAAUGAAAAAUAUCGCAUGCGUUCACAUGACUGCGCUCGUGUGCCUAAGGCCCCGUACAGAGAUAGGUGAAAACGCUUUCCAGUUCUCUGCUCCUUCCGAUUUGAACAAGCUUCAAAAGGCCCUGAAAUUACAGGAGCUCUUUAAAUGAGUUUAAAGCUUAAUAGGUCAUAGAUCAUAGGUCAAACUCUACGAUGGAAAAGGAAGUAAGGGGCUGUCAAUGUUUUGACCAUUAGUUGCAAUGCAUUUUCCCAAAACCAUCUUGCUGUUCAAUGUGUAAGUUGAUGUUUUUUAAACUGUAGUGUAAUGUGUUUUAUGUGGUUAAUCUGUCUGCAGCUUUGUGUUUUAUGUGGUAAAUCUGUCUGCAGCUUUGUGUUGCUGGUGAUUCUCUUAUCCACCUCUACACAACCGACACCAUUCUGUAUACUUCUGGCCCUUCUUUGGACACUGUGUUAACAAACCUCCAGAUGAACUUCAAUGCCAUACAACUCUCCUUCUGUGGCCUCCAACUGCUCUUAAAUGCAAGUAAAACUAAAUGCAUGCUCUUCAACCGAUCGCUGCCCGCACCUGCCCACCCGUCCAGCAUCACUACUCUGGACGGGUCUGACUUAGAAUACGUGGACAACUACAAAUACCUAGGUGUCUGGAUAGAUGUCAUUCAGAAAAUAGCCUCCAACACUCUACUCAGCAAAUUGGAUGCAGUCUACCACAGUGCCAUCCGUUUUGUCACCAAAGCCCCAUAUACUACCCACCACUGAGACCUGUAUGCUCUCACCUUGUCUCAGCUCACUGGUCACCAUAGCAACACCCACCCGUAGCACGCGAUCCAGCAGGUAUAUUUCACUGGUCACCAUAGCAGCACCCACCCGCAGCACGCGCUCCAGCAGGUAUAUUUCACUGGUCACCCCCAAAGCCGCCUUUCCUUCCAGUUCUCUGCUGCCAAUGACUGGAACGAAUUGCAAAAUUCACUGAAGCUGGAGACUCAUAUCCCCCUCACUAACUUUAAGCAUCAGCUGGCAGAGCAGCUUACAGAUCACUGCACCUGUACAUAUCCCAUCUGUAAAUAGCCCAUCCAACUACCUCAUCCCCAUAUUGUUAUUUAUACAUUUUUUGUUCCUUUGCACCCCAGUAUCUCUACUUGCAAAUUCUUCUUCUGCGCGUCUAUCACUCCAGUGUUUAAUUGCUAAAUUGUAAUUAUUUUGCCACUAUGGCCUAUUUAUUGCCUCACUAAUCUUACUUCAUUUGCACAUUUGCAUUUGUAUAUAGACUUUUUCUACUGUGUUAUUGACUGUACGUUUGUUUAUUCCAUGUGUAACUCUGUGUCGUAUGUGUCGCACUGCUUUGCUUUAUCUUGGCCAGGUCGCAGUUGUAAAUGAGAACUUGUUCUCAACUGGCCUACCUGGUUAAAUAAAGGUGAAAUAAAAUGAAAUAAAAAACAAUACUACAAUAUUACAAUGUGUGUAUGUGUGUGUGUGUGUAUAUGUAUACCCUUUCGGAAAAAACAUGAUUUCACAUGUGACAUUUCCACAUUUUGCACGUGUUUUUGGAACAGUUCACUUGAUGAUAUUUCACAUAAUCUUUCACAUAUGGAUUCAAAUUUUCAGUUGAGAUUUCUGCAAACAAAAAUUAUUUAUUAUGAUACACACACUGUAAUGGGUGCGUGUUGGUGGCAGGGAAGUCAGGCGCAGGAGAACGAACUUGGUAUAAACGGAGUCGUUUAAUAAAAGUUAACAAAAUUCCAAAACCCAAAAUAUAUAAAAUAAUCAAAGUGGGUACAAAACCCGUCGCGCACCAACACAUAACUUGCACAAACAUACAAUCAAACAAUCACUGACAAGGACAUGAGGGGAAACAGAGGGUUAAAUACACAACAUGUAACUGAUGGGAUUGGAACCAGGUGUGAUGGAAGACAAGACAAAACCAAUGAAAAAUGGAUCAGUGAUGGCUAGAAGAUCGGUAACGUCGAACACCGCUCGAGCAAGGAGAGGGGCCGACUUCGGCGGAAGUCGUGACACACACAGUGAUUUUAUCUGACAUGUUUGACUAUUCUACAUGUCCUCAUCUGGGAUUUGAACUCACAACCUCUUGUUUCACAGCAUUCCAAUCUUUCUCCUUAGGAGUAACAUUAAACCAGAAUAAUAUUCCUCAUCAACAUUAGACAAUUAAACAGAAAACCCUCAAACUGCUGAAAUAAGUAGAUGAAGAGUUGAAAGAUCAGCGUUCCAUGUGAAAUGUCAUAUGUGAAGUGUUUAAAAAACACGUGUUCACAUGUGAAAUGUGUGUUCCAAAAACACACUUUCACGUGACUUGUCAUGUGAAAUGUCAUGCUUCGCGUGUGAAAUAAUGUGAUUUUACACAUAUGAAAUCAUGUGGUUCAACAUUCCAGGGUGCAUUGCAUGUUGCUCCACACAGCAAAUCACACUGCAAGCAGAGGACUUAAAACCACUACAAUGACAAGAUACAAAAGUAACUCCUUAUGAACAAAUACCUUUUUGUCCCAAAGAUUUUGUCCCGUUAUGCCAGUUAUGCUAUUUUGGACCACCAAAACUGUCGUUUUGUUGUGUUUAUACAUUUUCUUAACGAAAUGUUUAGUUAUUUUCAGAUCGUUCUUUUUGGCCACCUGUGAUAUUAAAUGUCAUUCCUGUUUAUCAUGUUAAGUUUAUACACGGCACAUUAAAGUUUUCAUUACAUAUUUUUACACGUGAUGUAUUUUUAUAUAAUUGUAAUGACAUUAUUAUUUAAAUAACAUAAACUGGUAACUAUGCCAACAUAGGGAUAUGCCUAGGCAGUUGAGAAACUCAUACGCUGGCGUAACCCUCAUUAAAGCUACAAACAUGCCAGCUGCUCAACCUUAACACAUGUGAUGAAAAUACAACAUAAUAAAUUAACCAGAAUGACAUUUACUCUCACAGGUGGCCCAAAAACUCCUUUUGAAAGCCGUGACUCCAGUCUUCAAAGAAAACAACCCAACCAAGUGAUCCAACUGGCUGGGUGAAAAUAACCUGUGUUCUGUCCACUAUUUACUCAUUACUGGCUUGUUUUUAAUCCACCAUUUUUUUUGUUAGGUAUUAAACAUAUUUUUUUAAAGGUUAUGAACAGUCACUUUCAUGUUUUUCUAUUUGAAGGAAACCAGAACAAAGUAUGAUGACCAAAAUAUGAAAAAUUACUGUUACUGAUCAACUCCCCCAUGUCAAACACUUGGAUUCAUUUUUAAGGGGACACGGUGACAUCACCUUAACUCUCAUUUUAAUACACCAAUGGUAUUAUGAUAUUAUCUUCUAUAGUUUAAAUAAGUACCGCCUUGUAACCAACAUCGGCGAAGGCGUGUUUACAGUGCAGUGUGGUUUAUAUAGCUAGAUAGCUACUCUACUGGUGCAAAAAUGUGACUAUAGGUUGUCAGCAAAUAUAAUUAAAUGUUUAUCCUAUUCGUCUCUGACAAAUAUACCUAUACGUUUGCCCUUUCAUCUGUGUCUGGUGUUAGGUAGUUACUGGCUAGCUAGGUCUUCAUCUGUGUCUGGUGUUAGGUAGUUACUGGCUAGCUAGGUCUUCAUCUGUGUCUGGUGUUAGGUAGUUACUGGCUAGCUAGGUCUUCAUCUGUGUCUGGUGUUAGGUAGUUACUGGCUAGCUAGGUCUUCAUCUGUGUCUGGUGUUAGGUAGUUACUGGCUAGCUAGGUCUUCAUCUGUGUCUGGUGUUAGGUAGUUACUGGCUAGCUAGGUCUUCAUCUGUGUCUGGUGUUAGGUAGUUACUGGCUAGCUAGGUCUUCAUCUGUGUCUGGUGUUAGGUAGUUACUGGCUAGCUAGGUCUUCAUCUGUGUCUGGUGUUAGGUAGUUACUGGCUAGCUAGGUCUUCAUCUGUGUCUGGUGUUAGGUAGUUACUGGCUAGUUAGGUCUUCAUCUGUGUCUGGUGUUAGGUAGUUACUGGCUAGCUAGGUCUUCAUAUGUGUCUGGUGUUAGGUAGUUACUGGCUAGCUAGGUCUUCAUCUGUGUCUGGUGUUAGGUAGUUACUGGCUAGCUAGGUCUUCAUCUGUGUCUGGUGUUAGGUAGUUACUGGCUAGCUAGGUCUUCAUCUGUGUCUGGUGUUAGGUAGUUACUGGCUAGCUAGGUCUUCAUCUGUGUCUGGUGUUAGGUAGUUACUGGCUAGCUAGGUCUUCAUCUGUGUCUGGUGUUAGGUAGUUACUGGCUAGCUAGGUCUUCAUCUGUGUCUGGUGUUAGGUAGUUACUGGCUAGCUAGGUCUUCAUCUGUGUCUGGUGUUAGGUAGUUACUGGCUAGCUAGGUCUUCAUCUGUGUCUGGUGUUAGGUAGUUACUGGCUAGCUAGGUCUUCAUCUGUGUCUGGUGUUAGGUAGUGACUGGCUAGCUAGGUCUUUAGCCAGCAUGGAACAAACGGGCGGGGUCGUUCAAAACGCCAAAGCAGGUGUUAAGUCAACACAUCCAUCAGUGCUGCUGUGAACCACAUAACAAGAGACAUGUGAAACGGUAGAUGUGUAAAAAAAAAAGAAAAAUGUAUGUCAUUAAUGCAAUUUCAAUGUUUGAGUUGCUUUGUGCGUCGUCAUAUUUGUUUGAGAUGAUUGUAUUGCAACGCUGUAUCCGUGUUCCAUUGUCCAGUGUUGGUGAUCACGUUCCCACUGGAGCCACUUCUUCCUGCUUUUAGGAGUGGAACCCGGUGUGGUCGUCUGCUGCAAUAACCAAUCCGUGACAAGUGUUGGUGAUCGCGUUCCCACUGGAGCCACUUCUUCCUGCUUUUAGGAGUGGAACCCGGUGUGGUCGUCUGCUGCAAUAACCAAUCCGUGACAAGUGUUGGUGAUCGCGUUCCCACUGGAGCCACUUCUUCCUGCUUUUAGGAGUGGAACCCGGUGUGGUCGUCUGCUGCAAUAACCAAUCCGUGACAAGUGUUGGUGAUCGCGUUCCCACUGGAGCCACUUCUUCCUGCUUUUAGGAGUGGAACCCGGUGUGGUCGUCUGCUGCAAUAACCAAUCCGUGACAAGUGUUGGUGAUCACGUUCCCACUGGAGCCCCUUCUUCCUGCUUUUAGGAGUGGAACCCGGUGUGGUCGUCUGCUGCAAUAACCAAUCCGUGACAAGUGUUGGUGAUCGCGUUCCCACUGGAGCCACUUCUUCCUGCUUUUAGGAGUGGAACCCGGUGUGGUCGUCUGCUGCAAUAACCAAUCCGUGACAAGUGUUGGUGAUCGCGUUCCCACUGGAGCCACUUCUUCCUGCUUUUAGGAGUGGAACCCGGUGUGGUCGUCUGCUGCAAUAACCAAUCCGUGACAAGUGUUGGUGAUCGCGUUCCCACUGGAGCCACUUCUUCCUGCUUUUAGGAGUGGAACCCGGUGUGGUCGUCUGCUGCAAUAACCAAUCCGUGACAAGUGUUGGUGAUCGCGUUCCCACUGGAGCCACUUCUUCCUGCUUUUAGGAGUGGAACCCGGUGUGGUCGUCUGCUGCAAUAACCAAUCCGUGACAAGUGUUGGUGAUCGCGUUCCCACUGGAGCCACUUCUUCCUGCUUUUAGGAGUGGAACCCGGUGUGGUCGUCUGCUGCAAUAACCAAUCCGUGACAAGUGUUGGUGAUCGCGUUCCCACUGGAGCCACUUCUUCCUGCUUUUAGGAGUGGAACCCGGUGUGGUCGUCUGCUGCAAUAACCAAUCCGUGACAAGUGUUGGUGUGUUGGUGAUCGCGUUCCCACUGGAGCCACUUCUUCCUGCUUUUAGGAGUGGAACCCGGUGUGGUCGUCUGCUGCAAUAAUCAAUCCGUGACAAGUGUUGGUGAUCGCGUUCCCACUGGAGCCACUUCUUCCUGCUUUUAGGAGUGGAACCCGGUGUGGUCGUCUGCUGCAAUAACCAAUCCGUGACAAGUGUUGGUGAUCGCGUUCCCACUGGAGCCACUUCUUCCUGCUUUUAGGAGUGGAACCCGGUGUGGUCGUCUGCUGCAAUAACCAAUCCGUGACAAGUGUUGGUGAUCGCGUUCCCACUGGAGCCACUUCUUCCUGCUUUUAGGAGUGGAACCCGGUGUGGUCGUCUGCUGCAAUAACCAAUCCGUGACAAGUGUUGGUGUGUUGGUGAUCGCGUUCCCACUGGAGCCACUUCUUCCUGCUUUUAGGAGUGGAACCCGGUGUGGUCGUCUGCUGCAAUAAUCAAUCCGUGACAAGGACCGACGAGUUGUGCGUUUCGAGAUGUCGUUCUACACACCACUGUUGCACUGCACCAUUAUGUGCCUGUUUGUGGCCCGCCUGGCUUGUAUGAUUCAUGACAUUCUUCACCAGCCGCUCUGUUUUCACCCACAGGCCUACUGCUGCCUGGAUGCUUUGUGUUUGUCACACCAUCCUCUGUAAACCCGAGACCCUUCAAACUCAACUCGGGACUUUGAAGCUAUUUCAACUGUUUUUUUCCAACACUGUAGUCUACCCUAACCAUGCCUCUAUUUAGAGUGUGUUAGUAUAUGUUCCAAGCAAUUAGUAUGAACCUGGUAGCACUGCAGAAACAUCAAUGCCUCCCAACCAAGAGGUUGCAAGUAGGAAUGUUGUGGUGACCAUAUUGUCUUCACACCGGUAGUCAUGAGUCACGACCGCAGUAAAUUUCCAAAUGAUCAUUGACCGAUGGAAAUCUCCUCUUAUGCACUCUGGACAUGCGUUGCUAGUACCCUACUCGCUUACAGAGUUAAUGUAACGCUCGUCUGAAGAAGUGGACCAAAGCGCAGCGUCGUACGUGUUCAUGAUAAUUCAUUCACCAAAAACACUCAAGCAAAAUAAGUGAGAAAAAGUGAGAAACAAAACAGUUCUGUAAAGGUGCAGACACUAAACAGAAAAUAACUAUCCACAAAACACAGAUGGGAAAAAAGGCUGCCUAAGUAUGAUUCCCAAUCAGAGACAACGAUAGACAGCUGCCUCUGAUUGGGAACCACACUCGGCCAAAAACAAAGAAAUAUAACACGUAGAAUGCCCACCCUAAUCACACCCUGGCCUAACCAAAAUAGAGACUAAAACCCUCUCUAUGGCCAGGGUGUGACAGUUAAGCUAUAAUUAGUGAAUUUGUAUUUGAUUUUGAAUAGCCUAGUAUUAGGGCAUGUUUUAUAUUUUCAUUUCAUACAUUACCUUUAGCUACAGAAUAUCACCAUGCAUUUACAUCUCCUCCUCCCUCUCCUUCAUUCUCCAGCACGCAGAGGGAGGGGCUGUCAACAGUUUAAUGAAAUAUUUUUUGUUGUGAAAACAUGUAAAUAUCUAUGUUCCCGAAUAGAUUUAACUUCAAUUCCCAAAUGAAGCACUAGGUAGCUGCAGGAACAGAAAAACGAUCUGGUGGGAAAGCGGCCUCCAUUCGCUAUUCGAGUGUAUAUCUUUUCCCCUGCCCUUGUUCCUGCCCCUGUUCCUGCCCAUUUGAUCAUGGGCCAUUCUAAAUUGAAACUAAUUUAGAAUAUGAGUAAAGACCAGAUUAAAUUGAAAAUAGUCUGAUGGGUGAAAAUAUGAUCACUUGAUGAGAGAACAGCGUGUGCAGCCUGAGGCGAGGGACAGAGCGUAAGCUUUUUAUGCAACUUUCUCAAAUAAUGAAUACCCUAUAGUCCCAUUAUGCAGCCCAUAUAUGUUUUCAUUUUUUAAUACAUUCUAAGGUUUGUAUCGUUCAGAACUAAAGUUUCCAAAUAACUCAAAAGGACCUGUUUCAAAUGAUCAAUUUUAAGCUCAGUUUUGCCACUUCAUAUGCAAACUUCCUCCUCAAUGUGAAAAAUAUCCUUUAUAUAUUUUUUAAUCAAUUAAGUUACAUUUUAUAAUAUUCUUACUUUAAAAUCAUAUAUUAUAAAAUAAUGGCAUGGGACUGAUAAGCAUAUCUUGCCUGCUAAAGGAAUUAAACCACAGCCAAUGGCAUGGCACAUAUACAGGAAACACACAACUCAUAUUCUGUUUGUUUUUUUAAAUUAAAUAAUACAUAUCGUAAUGUUUCUUUGGACCUACCUAAAAUAAAUAAUGGAUUUAUUGUGAUGGUGUUCAUUAAAUUGAUUGGUUAGACUUGUUUAAAUGUAGAUGUUCCAAUGGCGAGCGUCAGCGGCUUGUAUUUGUGGAGGCCUGGAGAUGCUAAAUGUGUUUAUGCUAAUUAAAGGUCAAUUACCAUGACUGUUACCAGCUGACAAAAUGUCAUGACGAGGGUCAGCCGGUGAUUGUCAAGCAAAUAACUGUCGGUCUCACGGUGAUUGACCUUUAAUUAACAUAAACACAUUUAGCAUCUCCUAGCUUUCAUGCAUAGCCUACGAGCCACUGAUGCAGACCUUAGUAAAAUUUACAUUAUAAUAAGUCUAAUAAAUCCAUUUAAUAUAGUCUACAACAUCACAAUAUAUCCAUCAUUUAUUUGAGACAGGUCUAAAGAAACAUGAUUUGAAGAAAAUAUACUGACCACUGUGUUUUAUAUCAAAAUGUGGGUUGGACUUCGCUGUCCAUGAGACGAGAACAACAUGCUCUCGUGUUUGUCUAUAAAGCACUUCUGAAUAAGCUACCUUCUUAUUUAUCAUCACUCAUCAAUAUUAUAAUUAGAAUUCCUAAAACCAGGUCUCAACAUGGAUUACACUUGAGGCCCAUGCGAUUUCCACAGAGUUGGGUAUGACUGCCUUUUCCUGUUACGCUCCUUGCCUAUGGAAUAGCCUGCAGACUAAACUUAAACUUGAGACUCUUGUCCCCCUGUUGCUCAUUUUAAAUAUUUAUUGGAGGAUUUUUAUUUUUGUAAUGCGUGUAACUGUUUCGGGUAAUGCAAGUUCUUGUGCUGAUAGGGGAAUAACAUAUGUGUAAAUGUAAUCUGUUGCUGUAUUUUUUUGUGUUAUCUGUGAUUGUUUUGCUUGUCUUGUGUAGUUUCUUAAUCAUUGUACCUAAACUGUAUGUCUAAAUAUGUAUAUGCAGGACCCAGCUGUAAAAGAGACCUUGGUCUCAGUCUGUGUUCCUUGUUGAAAUAAAGGUAUAAUAAUAGACUAUUUCAGAAGAACAGAAUAGCAUACUCUGGGUUGUCCUUCAUGUUAGGCCCUGAUCAGACUACACCAUAUGGCUGUGGGCUACACUAGAUCAUUUAGCAGACAAGAUUUGCUUAGAAUUCCAAGGCAUUUUUUUAUAUUAUUUUAUAGUUCAAAGAAUACAAUUGAACAUAACUGAAUAAAAUAGAGGAUAUUGUCUCCAAACAAUUAGAAGGAGUGCGCACAUGCUGCUAUUCUGUGUUAAGCACUUAGCAAAGAAAGAGGUAUUCCUAUAUGCUUAAAUUAGAGUUAUAAAUUUAACUUUAGUUGUUCUACAAACGCUAUAUGUUUUGAUUUUUAAUACAUUAUAAGGCUGCAUGAUGCGAAUCCAAUGAUGAUUAGAAAAAAGGCGCUUGAAAGGCAUGAGCUCUGCUCUGUUUUUUAUGCAGGCCGUACACACUUCAUCAGUCUCUCAUUCACAAUUUGACAGGCACUUGAUAAUGCCUAGAAUUUCACUGCGGCAUCCUCUUCGUAAUGGAUCCGAAAUCCAUGCCUUUUGUGGCCAGUGGCUGUUGUGCCCUCCUCCCUGAGUGCUUCGCGCUCCAUCACGUGAUCGUGUCUUUCUCACAGGCUACAAGUGAAGACAAACACAUCGGGGACACAAUUGCACACGUCCUUAUCCAAUUCCAAGGUGCAUAUUGAAUAUAUUGGAAGAACUGUCCACAUUUACUUUCCAUCAGCCAACAAGAUGAGUAGGCAUAACGAACAACAAAAGCACUAGGAAAUGUCAAUCUACUAUCACCCUAUUAUAUUAUUUGCAAGAAAUAAAUAUUCCUAACAUAGUCUGAGACAUUUGUGAGAUGCAAUAGACCCAAAUUAUUACAACCACUAGCAUCCCCUCCGAAAAAUGUAGGCAAUGUGGCUGACGCAACAGAUCAGAACGUUUAGCUUAAAUAUCAGGCUAUUUCU